AUGGCAGACCAGCCACGAAUCCACGACAUCCACGACCCCAAGACCGGAACAUGGCAGUAUAUCGUGGCUGACCCCGCGACCAAGACUGCUGCCAUUAUCGACUCGGUGCUCGAUUUCGACCCCGCGACCGCCAAAACCAGCACGACAAAUGCCGACUCGCUGCUCGCCCUUGUCAAGGAAAACGGGUACAAGGUUGAUCUGAUUCUCGAGACGCAUGCCCACGCAGACCACCUUACCGCCGCCGGAUACCUUCAGAGCGAGCUGGGCAAGACCCAGGGCAAAAAGCCGGCGACAGGCAUUGGCAAGCGCAUCAAAGAGGUACAAGAACGAUUCGGACAAAGGUACCAAAUUGAUGCCGGGGAGUGCAGCAACGCCUUUGACUUUCUGUGGGAUGAUGGAGACCAACUUGCCAUCGGGAACCUGGUCGGAACUGUCCUCUAUCUUCCUGGCCACACUCCCGACCACGUUGGAUAUCGCAUUGGAGACAACAUAUUCUGCGGAGACUCUCUCUUCAACGCCGACGUGGGUUCCGCCCGAUGCGACUUUCCAGGAGGCGAUGCCAAAAAGCUCUUUGCUUCGGUCCGCAAGCUUCUAGGCCAUCCCGAGCAGUUCAAGAUCUGGACUGGGCACGACUAUCCACCCGAAAGCCGUGACGGCCCUGUUGCAGCAAUGACGGUCGCCGAGCAGCGCGCCCGGAACAAACAUCUAAAGGAUGGCGUUGCAGAAGACGAAUUCGUCAAAUGGAGGACCGAACGCGAUGCCACGCUGUCGGAGCCACGCCUGAUCCAUCAAGCCCUGCAGGUCAACAUUCGCGCGGGCAAACUUCCUGCAGAGACUGCAGCCGGUGAUCGCCUGUUGCAUGUGCCUAUAAAGACAGAAAAGUCGUGGUAG